AUGUUCAGAACACCCGACGCCCCAGCCACUGACGUGUGUAAGGCGCGCUCAAGGGUGAGACCGAUAGUUGAGCUUACAACACCCUCGGGCACUCCACUGAAACAUGAUCUCUUCAAGACACCCGAGGCUAAGAAGGAUGUGAAGAAUAAGACAGAGAGAGAUGAUAGAACACUCGCGGAGUUACAAGCCCAGGUAUGCUUCGGUAUUUAA